GCAUGGGCACCACGCGUCCAUGUUCUCCUUCCUCCUUCAGCCACCACCACCACGUUUACCCGUUUCUUUCACUCCUCUCAAUGGAGAGAGCUUAAAUAGCCAGACAACUUCGCCGGAUCCCCAGUCAAGCCCCAGGCGACAUCCGGCGAUGGACGCGACGACAGCGACGGGCACGGCCCCGCUCGCGGCGGGUGGACCAGUGGAGGAGAGCACGGUGGUGGGGAUGGUGAUGCAGGAGCCGGUGGCGGCGGAGACGAAGUUGAAGAUGAAAGUGAUGGUGGCCGUGGACGAGAGCGAAGGGAGUUUCUACGCGCUGCGGUGGACGCUGGACCAUCUGCUCCGGAGGAGCACCCCGGCUCUGGCGGCGGACGGCGACGAGGUGGAGAUGAUCACGCUCGUUCACGUUCAGCAGCCCUUUCAGCACUACGCGUUCCCCGCCGGCCCUGGCGGAGCAGGUUUCUCUCCCCGUCUGAAAUUCGUUUAGUUCUACACAAACCGAUGG